AUGGGACCAUUGGUUGAUCAGAUGAUAGCAUAUACAAACCCAUCUGGUUUAUUGUUUGGUAUGGGAGCUAAUGGUGGAGGUGUAUUACUGAGUAGGAAUUUCGGGAAGACAUGGCUUACAGUCAACCCCUACGUAUAUCAAAAAACCUUGAACACGUCAACAGAAAUCGUCACUGCAAAUAUAGUGCCAUGGAUUUCAGUGACAGGACCAAUUGACAGUACAUUGAUGGAGUCAUUUUGCAAGUUCCAAGUGGCUGGACAAUGGAAUGUUUGUAUCAAUGCAAUUUAUGCAAAUGAAUUUUUAUUGGCCAAUUGGACUUACACUUGUCCAAAUAUUAAACGUUUAUUGUAA